AUGGCGAUGCGAGGAGGGCCGCGUCUCCAGGUUGGCUCGGCCGCCUGGGUUGCGGAAGAGAGGGACUCGGCAUUGAACAUCGCGCAAUCCGGAGAUCGAAGACCCCGGAGCCCGAGGAUUAGGGUGGCCGAGGAUAGGCCCGAGUCCCCCGUGUCCCGUCCCGAGAGCCCGGCAAAACCGGCCGUCAUGCACCCUCCGCACCAGGUGGAGCCCAGAGUUCCUACUUCUCUCGGCGAUUCAGGCUACCAUGGUAGCCAGUCCCAAGAUACAAUGCCCUUUGAUCACUUUGACAAGGACAUCGAGAUGUCGGACAGUCCUCAGCGAGAUCUCCGAACUUCCGAUCCUGUGUUCCCGCCCACCAGCGAACCCGCGGAGCCUGAAAGCCCAUCCACUGCCCCUACUAGUCAGGCAUUCCAACCAGCAGACAACGACCAAGAGAUGGAGGUGGCUGGGGGCCUCACAAGAAAUGUCGCCCCGACCCCUUCAUCGGCCGACGUACAACCAAGCAGCCCAUUUGCGAGCCGGACACGGUUACCUAUUAUGUCUCCCAGGUCGCCCUCCCCUCAGAAGAUAUCGUCUCCGCCCAGACAAACAACGCAAAAACUAUCUUCGCCCCAAAAACCCCCUUCCCCUCAAAAGUCAUCUUCGCCACAAAGGCGAAGUGCCAACUCACAAACGGGGUUUUCCAAGGCUUCCGAGGACCUCGUGGAUGCCGUUGAUGAUGAGCAUGAUGAGGACGACGACGUUGGGUCACCAUCCGAUGCGUCGAGCCCGGUCAGGCCUGUCGUGCGUAAGAGUAGUCUCAACUUUGCGUCCUUGCCCGCUCGCGAGCCGCUGGCUUCCAAGAAGAGUCUCGGCGGGGCUCGCAUCUCAAGGACAAGUCAUCUUGAUUUCAACCGGCAAAGCUACUACAACCGCCAGACAGGGGACAAGAGUUUGGGCAACGUGAUGCGGCAGGGGAGCUCGGAAAGCGACCAUGACGAAAUGGAUGUUGAUGAUGACAUGACAACCCAGAACGACGAUGCGGCGUCGUACAGCAAGACUGGGUCGACUUCACAAACACAGUCCCAAACCGAGCCAGUCUCGGAGGCGAGGAAGUCAUCUCCGAAGCCAAAACAUUCAGGCUCGACUCCCGGCGCGUUCCCUCAGGAUGACGACGACGAUUGGAUUGCUUCGCCUCGGACCGUUGCGACACCUGCUGGUUCCAAGCCCGCGCUGCCGAGUACCGAGCCUAUGGAGGAAGAGUUGUUUGGCCAAGGAACCGAAGCAAGCCCCGAGCUCGGGUUUCCAAAGGGCAAGCGAGAUUCGGCAGGCAGAAGCCCUUACAUGCGGGAACGGACACCAAAACACGCCAAGUCCGCUUCUGUCCCGGAGCUCCCCACCAUGGAUCAGCUCGACUCAGAAAUGGAGGGCAGCCCAGCAUUCAGGGAUAGCCCGCUGAAGCAGGUUAAGAACAAGCUGUCGUCGCUUCUGAAGAGUUCCAAGGGUUUGAUGGCAAGCAGUGCCGCAAUCAGCGCCGAGGGCAAGUCAUCAUUGCUCCAGUCCCCCUCCACAGCGAGGCUCGGCUACCACCAGGAAACCUCUGUCGAGUCCUUUAAGACCGCGGACAAUGUCGUGUAUCCCGAUUUGUCACAGCAGGUCUCCGCCACUUCUGCCCCUCUUAGUCCCGUACGGAGCAAUAGCUCGCGGAGAACAAGGGCCUCCGCCGAGAGGGAGAGGUCAGAAGCCAAGGAGCGAGAAAAGGAAGAGCGGGAACGGGAGAGGGAGAAGGAGAAGGAAGUGAAGGAGGCGAAGCGGAUGGCCGAGCAAAUGGAUAAGCUUGAAAAGGCCCGAGAAAAGGAAAGGGAGAAGGCUCGGGUCUUUAGCAAGGAACAGGAGAAGAUCGCCGCUAUGGAGAAGCAGGUGACUUCUCAGAAGGAGCCGGCGCGACCCGCGCAACCCCAGCCGCAGCAACAAGACUUCCGGACUCCGGGGCCGGCCCCCAAGAACGCUCCCCGAAGCCCAACGAAAGCAGUUAGGGCCACUCCGCUGAAGACAAAGGGCCCGUCUGAACAGGAGGGAAGACACAGAACGGCCCCCUCGGAUGACCUGGACAUGGAGAUGACAGAUACCAUGACCACAACCGUACCCCCGCCGUCCAUCCCCCGCCCGACCACAGCCUCUUCCAUGAGGACCCAGAAGAGGCCUAUGAAGCCGACAAAGGAGACCGUGGCCAAAGCCAAACAAGUACCCACCUUGAUUCGGGUGAAUCCUCUCAGCUCCCAGCAAACGCAAUUCCACCCCUCGAACAGCGUCCUCGCUGCGAACCUCCAAGAUACACUGGGCCACCAACAGCCCGGUUCUGCGAAACAGCUCAACGGCAAGGCUAGCCAGGCCUCGCUUCAUGGCAAGGGGUCAGUCCACAGCCUCAAGAGCUCUAUUUCUUCCUCGGGCCGGCCCAAGGCAUUGGAACUGGCAGCCAAGCGAAAAGAGCAAGAGGAGCGUGAGGCUCAACGCAAACGCGAAACUAAGCUCAAGAUGGAGCGCAAGCGGGCUGCCCAGGAGGAGGAGCGCAGGCAGGAACAUCAACGAAGGGCUGAAGCAGAGCGUCAGAAAGAGGAAGAGAGGGAAGCGGCUCAGAAGAGGGCCGCCAUUGAGAGAGCCAAGCUAACCAAGGCACCUCCUCCGGCUGCUAGGUCGCAGCCGAACGGUCCUCCGGAAUACAGCAUGGCCGACAAGGGCACCCUCAGGCCCCCCUCGCGACUGGGUUCCACGAUGCAUCAGGAAGGCCGUCUUGUGAACACGGUUCUGUCGAGCACCGCCAAGGGACCCUCGAAGCGGCCGUUGCAGGACGCAGGCGAGGAGAGCUCCAGGUCUCAACAAUUGCCUGUGCCAUCGUACCAGGCCAAGGAGGCGAAGCGGAUGCGCAUGAGCGAGGAGUUUGAUGAGGACCUCGACAUGAUGGACAGCCACAACCCACGGAUCAUUAAGGGCCCACCCGUGAGGCCUUCGGCAGGGUUUAAGAAGGAUCUGCAGCCCAAGUCCAUGUACAGCAACGGCUACCCCCAUGCGCCCCCACCGAGCGCCACCAAGGACCUCUUCAAGGCCACCGUCACGGCCCAACACAACAGCCACGCCAAGGCGACGCACCCGCUCGACAUGGCGCAGAUCUCCAAGAGCGCGAUCCCGUUUGCGCAGAACCCCAACGCCCACCACCACAAGACGCCCGGGCGCCCCGUCGGCGGCGCCAUCCCGAAGUCCGCCAAGUCGGUCGCGCGCUCAUCGCCGCGCGCCCCCAACGGCGAGGCGAUCGAGCUGCCCGACAUCCAGACGGACGACGACAGCGACGAGGACGACGCGCACGGGCCCAUCGCCGACUGGGCCAACUCGCCGGCGCUGCACAAGGCGCUGAUCCGGCAGGAGCAGAUGGAUCCCAUGAAGGUGUUUGGCGCACCCGGGCCGCUCAACAUGGAGGAGGUGUUCAGCCGCAACAAGGACCGGUUCCACAAGUUCCGUGCGCGCACGAGCAGUGCUAACUGGAGCGGGACGGAUAGGCUGACGGAGGAGGAGGUGAGGAAGGAUGCGAUGGCCAGGGAUAAGAUGCGGAGGGAGGGCGGGUGGAGUUAUGAGUUGGGGAGGGAUUUGUCUUGA